AUGGAUGUUCAGUUGUUGAAUGAGAAACGAGCACAUCUUGUUUCUGAAUCACAAACAUUACAAAUAGAAAUUAACAUGAUUGCUACACAGAUUGCUAGCAGUGCAAAAUCAUCAGCUCAGGCAUUAAACGUUUUACCUAAUCAAGAAUUUUUCAGACGUCUCCGCCAACUAAGGGAUAAGAUUGCUAAUUUAAAACGUACAAUGCAUUCCAGUUCUGGCAAUACAAGUUUAUAUUUGGCCAAACUAAAGGAAUUAAAUGACUGGCUGUCGCACAGAGAUGCUGCGUUUCGUGAAAUUCUCGUACCGAUUCAAGGUGAUUUGGGCAAUGUUAUUAAUUUAAGAGAACAGUUACUGGGAUUGUUUCAAGAAUUAAAUGUUAAUCGUCUACAGGUUGAAGAAGUUCUUUGUCACGGAAAUGCACAGUACAGUGAUGGUAGUGGCACAGACCGAGGUGAACUGAUGAAUCUGUCGUCAACUGAACGCGAAUCUGAAGGAGAGUCAGAGGCAUCUGAUUCAGGUGUCCAAAAUAAAGUAAUCAGUGGCAAUGACCAAGGCACAGUAGAAGAUCGCACUGUGCGUACGAAUCGUCGGAUAAGGCGUCACCUGUAUCAUCUUAAGAAAAAGUGGCUGAAUUUGAAUAACAGCAUGCUAGAUUUUAAAUGUCAACUUGAUGCUAUUUGGGAGCGUUUGUCCAACUUCGAUUCACUGUUAAACGAUGCUGUUGUUCAAGUGAAAAGUGCUGAGUCUGUAACGCUGAAAUGGAUUCCUAUUGAAUGCUUACCAAGUGAACACAUAAAACGGAACUAG